UUAUAUCAUAACACCAACUUAUUCAUCAGUACCAGCCCGCAGCAUUUCAAUUGGCUUUUCUCAGAAAUUAGAUAGUUGAAUUCCACUCCAAAGCAGUAGAGAACUCCCGACGUCCAUGACAAUACUGGCCACAGACUGACUUUAGGUUUAACGCCAAUUCUCAUUUCCUGAUGCGUUCUGCAGUGCUGUGAAGGCCAAGCCAUCAGAGCUAAAACCACUUGGCCAAGACAUUGAACAGAGGUGGGGGUUUGCCUUCUCCAAGAGAUCCAACAGCACACUCCAUGAGAGAAUGGGGUUCAUCCUUGUGGCCUAGUCGACAGUUAUCCCUGGGCCAAAACCAUAUAGAUGGGACGUGGCUGUCAUGAGAGUUGGACGGCUUCACUGACGAGAAGGCGCUAUAGAAAUGCAGGCCCUCGCUUGCCUCCUUCCCUCAGGUGCCCAAACAUAGACAGGCACCAACGGCGAGAAGCAUUCCUCCAUGCGAUGCGUUACGAUGAGGUCACGCUGCCAUUUAUGUCACGCUGAGAGACGCGGGUGGAGUGAGGGAGAGGGGGGAGGGAGAGAGAGAGAGAGAGAACUACGCCUCCCCCCAUUGAGCUGGCGGCAGGCAGUGUCCUUCCUAAUGCGGUGGCGUGUCCCUGAGCCACGGCACCGGCAACCUUCUCGCCCGUCCCGCUCUGCUCUCCUCCCCUGCCGGAGCCGGAGCCGGAUCCCCGCUGUCUUCCGAGAGCAGCACAUCCUGGGUGAAUGUGGGGACAUAGAUGGAGAAGAGGAAACACCAGCAAGAAACCUCACCACAAUAGAGGUCUUCCUGAUAUGAUUUCCUGCUACUGAGAAUUGCUUCUUGAGAGGAAGCUUGAGAAAAGGCGGUCAAAUCUGGACGCCUACUUGAAGAAGCCAAAGGUAAAGGAGGACACACAGCCUAAUCCCUCCUCUAGGACGUAACCGCCACCCUCUUCCCUCCGCUACUUCUGCAAUGUGUUGCUGCUCCAUGGAUGUACAGAGUGAUAGCACCAGUUAUUUUGAUCUGGACAGGAGCUGUUGGCUCACACCGCUCCAUCAGGACAUCCCUAAAUGUCUGUCACCUGGCCCAUCCAUGGAGCCUUGAAUGACAUGCCAGGAAGGGAAUGAUCCUGGAAGCACAGCAUGCUGCUCUGAGGUUUGGAUUGUUUGGCUGACCUGGAAAUUCAAAGAUGAGUUGUAAACCACUUGCUUAUUUUGGACGCCAGCUCUUCCGCCGUAAAUAUGUGGACUGCAGUACUGAAGAAACCAGGCUUGCCAGAUGCUUAAAUACACUGGACUUGGUUGCACUUGGCGUUGGCAGUACCCUUGGAGCAGGUGUCUACGUAUUGGCUGGAGCAGUGGCCCGUGAAAAUUCUGGGCCUGCCAUUGUCAUCUCAUUCUUAAUUGCAGCUCUGGCCUCUGUGCUUGCAGGACUCUGUUACGCUGAGUUUGGUGCUAGAGUCCCACGAACAGGUUCUGCCUACCUCUACAGUUAUGUUACAGUUGGGGAACUUUGUGCUUUCAUUACAGGCUGGAAUCUAAUCCUUGCUUAUGUCAUUGGUACUUCAAGUGUUGCGAGAGCAUGGAGUGCGACAUUUGAUGAGCUCAUCGGUAAACACAUCGAAAUGUUCUGCCGUCAACAUAUGACCAUGAGAGCCCCGAGUAUAUUGGCAGAGUAUCCCGAUAUCUUCGCUGUAUUUAUAAUAUUGCUGCUAACAGGGUUAUUAUCCUUUGGCGUGAAAGAGUCUGCAAUGGUGAACAAAGUCUUCACUUGCAUCAACAUACUUGUGCUGUGUUUUGUCAUGCUGUCUGGUUUUGUAAAAGGUUCGCUGAAGAACUGGCAGCUCAGUGAAGCCACCCUGAUAAAUGGGACAAACGGUACUGACUGGGAGAAUGCGACUAAAGAAGAAAAUAAAUGGAAUUAUGGUGCUGGGGGUUUUAUGCCCUAUGGAUUUACAGGUGUGCUUUCAGGGGCUGCCACCUGCUUCUAUGCCUUUGUUGGAUUUGAUUGUAUAGCCACUACAGGUGAGGAAGUAAAAAAUCCGCAGCGAGCCAUCCCCUUUGGAAUCGUUGCUUCCCUUUUGAUCUGUUUUGUUGCCUAUUUUGGAGUGUCGGCUGCUCUCACUUUGAUGAUGCCGUAUUACUUACUGGACAAGAACAGCCCGUUGCCAGUCGCUUUCAAAUACGUGGGAUGGGAUGGGGCAAAGUAUGCUGUCGCAGUUGGCUCACUCUGUGCCCUCUCCACCAGUCUUCUUGGCUCCAUAUUUCCAAUGCCGCGUGUAAUUUAUGCGAUGGCAGAGGAUGGGCUGCUGUUCAGAGUGCUGGCCCGAAUCAACGAAAGGACCAAAACGCCACUGAUUGCCACAUUGGUCUCAGGGGUGGUAGCAGCUAUCAUGGCGUUCUUGUUUGACCUUAAAGAUCUUGUGGAUUUGAUGUCAAUUGGGACCCUUCUUGCCUACUCUCUGGUGGCUGCUUGUGUCCUGGUGCUCAGAUACCAACCGGACCAAUUUUCUAAUGCAACAUAUCAAAUGGCAAACACGUCUGAGGAUGUAGAUAUAACUGAAUCGGCCAGCACAAGUGACUCGCAGGCAGAAGUUUUACCAGGGAAUGAUGAAGAAUUCUCAUUGAAUGCAUUGCUUUUUCCUGAAAACUCACUCCCUACUCAGCGAUCAGGAUCUGUAGUUAAUAUUUGUGUGAGUUUAAUUGGACUUUUCAUCCUGAUAUUUUGCCUAUUGACUGUUUAUACUAAAGAUGCUUUGUUGGAGAGGAAAUCCUGGUCCAUAUGCUUGUUGCUUGCAGUGAUUCUGCUCUGCGUGUUUUUCACUGUCAUAAUUUGGAGACAACCAGAAAGUAAAGUGGUACUCUCAUUUAAGGUGCCUCUCUUGCCUUGUUUACCUGUUGUGAGCAUUCUUGUGAACGUGUACCUAAUGAUGCAGUUGGACAGAGGCACUUGGAUACGCUUUGCGAUCUGGAUGGUAAUAGGGUGUGUUAUAUAUUUUGCUUAUGGAAUACGGAACAGCUCAGAGUCCAGUUCUUCCAGUCUCCCAAAUGACAGAACUUCAAGGGCCUAUAAGGAGACAGUGAAUACGCCAAAUGGCGAAGCAGUAACUCCGGAGAAGGAAGCCUUCCUGCACGAUAUUGACGAGUCCCCAAACAGAGAGGAGGACGUAUAAACCAAUACAAGUUCACUUUCUUCCAAAUACAUGUCUGGCAUCUAACUUGAAUGUUAUAGUUUUUUUUAAAAGCACAGCUGAACGACUGCUAUUUGCAUCAUGUAGGGAGGGAGGUUUUUUUUUAUUCGCACGUGCAGGUGAGGGUUUUGAGUGCUGUUGAGCUUGAGGUGGCACUGCUGCAUUUGUUUCAAUUCCUUAUUUUCCUAGAAUCUCCAAAAUAAUGAAAGCAUUAUUCACAUAAAGGAUUAACUUGUUUUAGAACUAUUUAUUGGGUAUUAGCAAUGUGUAUUGCUGGGAAUGCUGAACUUUUAGCUUGUGGUUAUGCACACAAAAUGUAAGGGAUUUAUAUUUUUCCAAAAGAAAUGCUUUCCUUGGUCAAGUAAGCACUUGUAGAAUAAAAUUGUUAGUACAUAAAAUAGUAUCUAUUUUUACCCUAGGCUUAAAAUCUCUGUUGCACAAAUUUCCUUGAACUAUAAUACAGGGUACUGAGUGUCAAAAUCUGACACUCUUACCUCCUGCCUUUGCUUUAAUUUUAGACUAAUUCCUUUGAUUUUUAGUUUAAAUUAAAUACUUAAAGAAACAUUGUAAUCAAGCAAAGAAUCUAUUGUGUAGGGACAGUACUUAGCAAAAGCACCGGCAUCAGGAUAAUUCUAAGUGAGACUUUUGCUAUGAUUUAAAAAUUUCAUUUAUCAACCUUAUAACUGAUUCUGAUUUUUGUAGUUGAGAUAUAGAUAAUAUUUCCAGUGGGGAAUGUUACAUUGUCUUUAUAUGUUCUUCUGUAGGAACAAAGUUCAGAUGGUUAAAGUUGUCGCAUUACUGUUCUUCCUACAGUGCAUUAAUUGUACCAAUCAUCUGUAUAUAUGUUUAACAGAGAGGCAGGUUUUGUUUUUAUACAUAGCUAUUCAGGUUCCAGAUCUGCCUCGUCAAUUAUUUCUCCUCCAGAGAGGAGCUGCUUCUGUAGAACAUACUUCUAUAAAAGCCCUUGCAGUUUUAAUAGUAAAAAGUUUUAAAAUCAGCUGGAUAAUUACCUGAUCCAAUAUUGACAACUCAGUUAAUCAAUACGCUUGAGUUCCUGUUGGAUAGAUUAAAAGUGUAAGCAAUUCCUACAGAAUUCUAGGGGAUUGUUCUAGGGGAUUUAAAAAUCCUUUGAUUUUACCUAAAUUAUGGAAACGGCAUCUCAAGGUUGAUAGUUUCUUAAUCAUUGUUUCACAAGUUUACGACCAAAUCAGUGAUGCAGUGAGGAACAGAGACAAGCAAAUUUUUAAAAAUCUAGAACAAAGGUCUUCUGGUUUAUUUUGCUGGCUUGCAUUCCUUUUGAAAAAGCUAUCAGAAUGAUGUGUGUUACCAUUUGUGUUAUCAAGAAAUAUCAGACUAAGUCUUGAAGUUAAGGGACAACUGGGCACUGUUAGUGGGAAGCUUGGGCUUUUACAUUUAGAUGAAGCUAAAGCAUCAUUUGCAUGAAUAUUCUUCCUAUUAGUGGUGUAGGUUUUGAAAGUGAAGAUGCAGCCUUUCUGUAUACAAAAAGAAAUGGAAUUGUACUUUAUACACACUGGUGCUGCAGAUCUGAAUUUGUGUGAAUGCGGUUAAAGUACUGGGAAAGAAUAUACGCACAAUAUCAUAUUCACUUUCUCUAGACAACAGGUCAUGUAGUUCGUUAUCUGAUGGCAGCAGAAUUAAGGCAGAUUAUUGUAUAUUUUAGAACUUGAUAAAAUUACUAUCCACGUCAUUUGGGUUUCAGUGGACACCACAUUAGACGUUGUAUACUAGUUGGCAUCGACUAGCCAAGUUAUUAAACCCCUAUUGAAAACUGGGCUCUAUGGCAGUGAAAGGCAAAGAGGAAACUUUCAACAUGACGGAUUCCGGGAAGCUUGAGUUGCAAUCUCCCAAAGGAUGACUGUUAAUAAAAUCCCAUUUCCUCAUCACUGAGUACUAGAACGAUUUUAGUCAUUGAUGUGCCUGCUGCAGUGUGAGAUGUAUCAUUUUCUUGGGUGCACUGGGGUGAAUUUAUUAGGAGUAUUGACAACUAGUUUCUUCAUUUGAUACCAGAGUCUCUCAGGAUUUUAGAUUCUAUUCUCUGAAAAGCAUUAGUGAAUUAAGUGGACUUUGAAAGUGAGAGCAUGGCAACUAUAUUGCAUGCCUGAAGGUUUGUCAAAUUCAUAUUGAGAUUUGCAGCUGUGGCCCAUUGACUGUUUUUGUAAAUAUAGAAUGUAAAACUAGACUACAGUAGUCUAUAACCUAUAAUAGUGUCCUAUAAGCAUGAUUAAAGGGAAUUGGCAGCUGCUUUGGUGGAAUCAAUUGUGAAAAUUCAUAAAGACAAGUGGAACUAUGUUUUAAAUAAUGAAAUUAUGACCUGUUAAGUAAUUCCCCAUUAUUAUAAAAUGAUUAAGAUGUAUAAUGUCACUGAGAUUUCCCUAUUAUCCAGGAAAAACUAGUUUUAAGUGAUGACUUAGCUGCUGAUGUUUUCACUCCAAGUGGAGAAAUGCCUCAUUGCACUUCACCACAAGACAUUGACCAAUCUUUUUAAACAAGUGUUUUGAUAAUGUGAAAUAUGGGUGGCUAAAGGUGAGGCAGAGAACUGCGAGGAGGGGUUUGUGAGGUUAAAGUGGAAAUGACAGUGAAAUCUUUAAAUUAGCAUUUUGAAUUUUAUACAUGGGGUUUAAAAUAGUAAGUACAUGAUUUUUUUUUU